AUGAAUGAUGCCGAGAUGGAAAUAUUUGGGGUGGCGGCAGCGUACCUAAGAAAACCAGAAAGGGAGAGGAUCGCAGCUCAAAACAUGCCGUUCGACGCGAAGACAGCCGUCUUUGUGCCUGACCCGAAGCAGGAGUACGUGAAGGGAAAAAUCAAAAGUCAUGAUGGUUCUGACGUCACUGUGGAGACUCAAGAUGGAAAGGUGGUCACAGUGCACCUGGACGACAUUCGGCCCAUGAACCCUCCUAAAUUUGAUAAGCUCGAAGACAUGGCCCUGCUGACUCAUCUCCAUGAACCGGCCGUGCUGUUUAACCUCAAGGAGCGCUACGCUGCCUGGAUGAUCUAUACUUAUUCUGGCCUCUUCUGUGUGACCGUGAACCCGUACAAGUGGCUUCCAGUCUACAACCCUGAGGUGGUGGCUGGCUACCGUGGGAAGAAACGCCAAGAGGCCCCGCCACACAUUUUCUCCAUCUCUGACAACGCUUACCAGUACAUGCUCACAGAUCGAGAGAACCAGUCCAUCCUGAUCACUGGAGAAUCUGGUGCCGGGAAGACGGUCAACACAAAACGCGUCAUUCAGUAUUUUGCAACAAUUGCAUCAUUUGGAGACUCAAGCAAGAAAGAGCAAGUUGCCGGCAAAAUGCAGGGGACUCUGGAAGAUCAAAUCAUCCAGGCGAACCCUCUGUUGGAAGCUUUCGGGAAUGCCAAGACUGUGAGAAACGACAACUCCUCACGAUUUGGAAAGUUCAUUCGCAUCCACUUUGGAACAAAGGGGAAACUGGCAUCAGCCGACAUUGAAACUUACCUUUUGGAAAAAUCCAGGGUGACGUUUCAGCUUCCGGCAGAGAGAAGUUAUCACAUCUUCUAUCAGAUCAUGUCAAACAAGAAGCCUGAUUUAAUUGAGAUGCUGCUGAUAACCACCAAUCCAUACGACUUUCCAUUCAUCAGCCAGGGUGAAAUCACUGUGCUGAGCAUCAAUGACACCGAGGAGCUGAUGGCCACAGAUAGAGCCAUUGACAUCUUGGGCUUUAACAUGGAGGAAAAGUUAGGCAUCUACAAACUGACCGGGGCCGUGAUGCACAACGGGAACAUGAAGUUUAAGCAAAAGCAGCGAGAGGAGCAGGCUGAGCCCGAUGGCACAGAGGUGGCGGAUAAGGUUGCCUACCUCAUGGGUCUGAACUCUGCUGAUUUGCUGAAAGCGCUGUGUUACCCUCGAGUCAAGGUUGGGAAUGAGUAUGUCACCAAGGGGCAGACUCCACAGCAGGUGAACAAUGCCAUGGGAGCUCUGUCUAAGGCCGUGUAUGAGAAACUCUUUCUGUGGAUGGUCACAAGGAUCAACCAGCAGCUGGACACCAAACUACCAAGGCAGCAUUUUAUUGGGGUCCUGGACAUCGCAGGGUUCGAGAUAUUCGAGAUGAACAGUCUGGAGCAGCUGUGCAUCAACUUCACCAACGAGAAGCUGCAACAGUUUUUCAACCACCACAUGUUUGUGCUGGAACAAGAGGAAUACAAAAAGGAAGGGAUCGCAUGGGAGUUCAUUGACUUUGGAAUGGACUUGGCAGCCUGUAUUGAGCUCAUUGAGAAGCCGAUGGGGAUUUUCUCUAUUCUUGAAGAGGAGUGCAUGUUUCCAAAGGCGACAGACAGCUCCUUCAAGAACAAGAUGUACGACCAACACCUUGGGAAGAACAGCAUCCUGCAGAAGCCCAAGCCCUCCAAAGGAAAGGCAGAGGCCCAUUUCUCACUGAUGCACUACGCCGGCACUGUAGACUACAACAUCAGCGGCUGGCUGGAGAAAAACAAAGACCCGCUCAAUGACACCGUGGUGCAGCUUUACCAAAAAGCUUCCCUCAAACUGCUCUCCCAGCUUUUUGCCACAUAUUCAUCUUUCUUCUCUUAUGUUUCUGUAGGUGCCGAUGGAAGUAAGAAAAGUUUCAAGAAAAAGGGCUCUUCUUUCCAGACAGUGUCUGCUCUGUUCAGGGAAAAUCUGAACAAACUGAUGGCCAACCUCAGGUCGACUCAUCCACACUUUGUAAGAUGCAUCAUCCCAAAUGAGACCAAGAUACCAGGGUCGAUGGAUCACCAUCUGGUCCUGCACCAGCUGCGUUGUAACGGUGUGCUGGAAGGUAUCCGCAUCUGCAGGAAGGGAUUCCCCAGCAGGAUCCUCUAUGGAGAUUUCAGGCAGAGAUACAGGAUCCUGAACGCCAGCGCCAUCCCUGAGGGUCAGUUUAUCGACAGCAAGAAGGCGUCAGAGAAACUGCUCUCUUCCAUCGACGUGGACCACGCCCAGUAUAGAUUUGGAUACACAAAGGUGUUUUUCAAAGCCGGCCUUCUGGGUCUUCUGGAGGAGAUGAGGGACGAGCGUCUGGCUGUUCUGAUGACUCGGAUCCAGGCUGUGUCCAGAGGUUACGUCACCAGGCUGCGGCUCAAGGACAUGAUGAAGAAAAGAGAGUCCAUUUUCAUCAUCCAGUACAACAUCCGCUCAUUCAUGAAUGUGAAGAACUGGCCUUGGAUGAGACUCUUCUUCAAGAUAAAGCCGCUGCUUCGAUGUGCCGAGGCGGAGAAGGAGAUGCAGACUAUGAAAGAGGAGUUUGCGCGACUGAAAGAGGAGCUCGCGAAGUCUGAGGCCAGGAGGAAGGAGCUGGAGGAGAAGAUGGUCAUGCUCGUCCAGGAGAAAAAUGACCUUUACCUUCAAAUCCAGGCGGAGAGGGAGAACCUGUGUGAUGCUGAGGAGAGGUGUGAAGGCUUGAUAAAAAGCAAGAUACACCUGGAGGCCAAAGUUAAGGAGUUCUCCGAGAGGAUGGAGGAGGAGGAGGAGAUCAACGGCGAAAUCACUGCGAAGAAGAGGAAGCUGGAGGACGAGUGCUCAGAGCUCAAAAGAGACAUAGACGACCUGGAACUCACCAUCGCCAAAGUGGAGAAGGAGAAGUACGCAACUGAAAACAAGGUGAAGAAUUUGGUGGAAGAGUUGACAACGUUGGAGGAAAAUCUCUUGAAGUCGUCAAAAGAGAUGAAAGCUUUGCAGGAGGUGCACCAGCAGACGCUGGACGACCUCCAGGCUGAGGAGGACAAAGCAAACACUCUGGUGAAGACAAAGCUCAAGCUGGAGCAGCAGGUCGAUGAUCUGGAGGGCUCUCUGGAGCAGGAAAAGAAGCUGCGUGCAGACUUAGAGAGAUGCAGGAGAAAACUGGAGGGAGAUCUGAAGCUGUCCCAGGAAACCAUCAUGGACCUGGAGAACGAAAGACAGGAGAUGGAAGAGAGGCUGAAAAAAAAAGACUUUGAAAUCUGCAGCUUGCAAUGCAAAAUUGAUGAUGAGCAAGCCCUCGGCACGCAACUACAAAAGAAGAUUAAAGAACUUCAGGCGCGCACUGAGGAACUGGAAGAGGAAAUCGAGGCCGAGCGCUCAACUCGCGCCAAAGUGGAGAAGCAGAGGUCGGAUCUGUCCAGAGAGCUGGAGGAGAUCAUUGAGCGGCUGGAGGAGGCCGGAGGAGCCACCGCCGCCCAGGCCGAGCUGAACAAGAAGCGCGACUCCGAGUUUCACAGACUGCGUCGUGACCUGGAAGAGUCCACCCUGCAGCACGAGUCCGUCGCUGCAACUCUGCGCAAGAAGCAGGCGGACAGCGUGGCCGAGCUCAGCGACCAGAUAGACAACCUGCAGAGAGUGAAGCAGAAACUGGAGAAGGAGAAAAGUGAGCUGAAGAUGGAGAUCGAUGACAUGGCGAGCAACGUGGAGAGCAUUCUGAAAAACAAGGCCAACCUGGAGAAACUGUGCAGGAGCUUUGAAGACCAGAUGAAUGAACACAAGACCAAAGCAGAUGAAGCCCAGAGAUCUCUGAGUGACUUCACCAUGCUCAGUGCUCGUCUACAGACUGAAAACGGUGAUCUCACACGUCUGCUGGAAGAGAAAGAGAUGACUCUGUCGCAGCUGAGCAGAGUGAAAACUGUGGGGAGCCAACAAAUCGAAGAGUUAAAGAGACUUUUGGAUGAAGAAAUUAAGGCAAAAAACGCCUUGGCUCACAGUUUGCAUUCCUCCCGUCACGACUGCGAGCUGCUGAGAGAGCAGUACGAGGAAGAACAGGAGGCGAAAGCUGAGCUGCAGCGCUACCUGUCCAAGGCCAACAGCGACGUGGCUCAGUGGAGAACCAAAUACGAGACAGACGCCAUCCAACGCACAGAAGAGCUGGAGGAGGCAAAGAAGAGGUUGGCCCAGCGGCUGCAGGAGUCUGAGGAGAUGACAGAGGCAGCAAAUGUCAAAUGCGCAUCACUGGAGAAGACAAAGCAGCGUCUGCAGGCCGAGGUCGAGGAUCUCGUGGUCGAGCUUGAAAGGUCAAAUGCAGCCAACGCCACUUUGGACAAGAAACAGAGAAACUUUGACAAGGUUCUGGCCGAAUGGAAACAGAAAUAUGAGGAGAGUCAGUCAGAUCUGGAAGUUUCCCAGAGAGAGUCAAGAGUUCUGAGCACAGAUCUCUUCAAGCUGAAAAACUCAUAUGAAGAAGCUCUGGAUCACCUGGAAACCAUUAAAAGAGAGAAUAAAAACCUUCAACAGGAGAUCACAGAUAUCACAGAGCAAGUUGGACAAUCUGCAAAAACCAUCCAUGAGCUGGAGAAAGUUGCAAAACAAACUGAACAGGAGAAGAGAGACACCCAAGCAGCUCUGGAGGAAGUUGAGUCUUCCCUGGAGCAUGAAGAGGCAAAAAUCCUUCAUCUUCAACUGGAGCUGAACCAGAUCAAGUCAGAAGUGGCCAGAAAGGUGGCGGAGAAGGACGAAGAAAUUGACCAGCUCAAGAGGAAUUACCAGAGGACCGUGGACACUCUGCAGAGCACGCUGGACGCUGAGAUGCGCAGCAGAAAUGAUGCCAUCCGCGUGAAGAAGAAGAUCGAGUCAGAUCUGAAUGAGAUGGAGAUCCAGCUGGGUCACGCCAACCGACAGGCGGUCGAGGCCAACAAACAACUGAGGAACCUUCAGACUCAGCUGAAGGACACUCAGGUCCACCUGGACGAAGCCCUCCACUGUCAGGAGGACCUAAAGGAGCAACUUGCCAUUAUAGAACGACGCAACAAUCUGGUGAUGGCAGAGAACGAGGAGAUCCGGGCGGCGCUGGAGCAAUCUGAGAGAUGUCGUAAACUGGCCGAGCAGGAGCUGAUCGACACCAGUGAGAGGAUUCAGCUGCUAAACUCUCAGAACACCAGCCUCCUAAAUGCUAAAAAGAAGAUGGAGUCUGAUUUAGCUCAGCUGCAGUCAGAGAUGGAGGACGCUGUCCAGGAGGCGAGGAAUGCAGAUGAAAAGGCCAAAAAAGCCAUCACGGAUGCUGCCAUGAUGGUGGAGGAGCUGAAGAAAGAGCAGGACACCAGCGCUCAUCUGGAGAGGAUGAAGAAGAACCUGGAGGGGACAGUGAAAGACCUGCAGCAGCGGCUGGAUGAGGCCGAGCAGAUGGCUCUGAAGGGAGGGAAGAAGGAGCUUCAGAAACUGGAAAAGAGGGUUCAUGAGCUGGAAAAUGAGCUGGAGGCAGAACAGAAACGCAGCAGCGAGGCUAUGAAAGGUUUGCGGAAAUAUGAGAGAAAAAUCAAAGAGCUCACUUAUCAGGGUGAAGAGGAAAAGAAGAAUGUGGCGAGACUCCAGGAUUUGGUCAACAACCUGCAGCUGAAAGUGAAAACAUAUAAGAGGCAGAGUGAGGAGGCGGAGGAACAAACCAGUGUCCACUUGGCCAAGUUUCGGAAGGUCCAACACGACCUGGAGGAGGCCGAGGAGCGAGCUGACACUGCAGAAUCUCAGCUGAACAAGAUGCGAGUCAAGAGCCGAGACAUUGCUGGAAAAGGGGACUAG